UUUGGUUACUCGUAACCAAGUGACCUGAACUCGUGCAAUAUAUCUAUCCUUCGCUGCGAAACCUCCUGAACCUUACUCGUUCUCCCAAGAGUGAAAUUGCUGACGCCAUGUCUGAUUCAAACCAUCCGGUGUCAAACCUCGGCACGAUGUCUGAAGUGCUGGAGGCCCUGAAAUCGAUUCAGCAAACUCAGACGACCAUGGCAGCUGCCAUCGAGUCCCUCUCUCACCAGCGUCAAGGAAGUCUCUCCGGCUCCGCAGAGGCCUCAACGCCUAGUAUCCUCGAGCCCAGUCUGGCAGACAAGGAUAAUGGAGGCCAGUCGAGUGUCCCGACCGGGCUCUCGGAGCAGCAGAGCUCAUCGGAAGAGCUGUCUUUGCAAGCCCCAGCCACACCGUCGUCCCCUAGCCAGAAAUCGGCCUUUACUUCCCGCAUCAUUCUUACCACGUAUCCCAAACAACUCGGGAUCAAUCCCCUCCCCAUGAACUGGGGCCAUCCUGAUGCCCAGACCCGAGGGCCUGUCGUUGUCUCUCGAUCGUCAUCGACCGUCAGGAGACGUAACGCUGUCGGAGCCCAUGGUGGAUCGUAUUCCAUCUAUUAUGCCCUGGCGGUAGCGAGCAAGCAACUCAGCUUGGAGCAUAGGCCUGACUUUACCAACACGGAGCCCGCUGCGCGUAUUGGGCCCUUUCCUCAGUGGGGAGAUGCAAAGAAGAUUGUAGCCAUGGACCCAUGGGGUCAUCUUGCGCCCUGGCUCUUCAAGGACACUGUCGAGAAGGAGAAUGUCGAUAUUCGACCAACUAUUGCCAUCACCAAGGCGCAUAUGAAGCUCCCGGAACUCGCAGACAGCGUAAGGAGUGGUCGACUAGUGCCAGACGGCAAAGUGUGUCUUAACGAGUCGGGCGAACUGGCCGUCACCAAGUUCGCUGUUGAGCCUGUCUGGUAUCUGCCUGGCGUGGCGGAACGAUUCGGCAUCGACGAAGGAAUGCUGCGACGGUCAUUGUUCGAGCAUACGGGAGGAAGCUAUCCCGAGCUGAUUACCCGCGGGGAUAUUAAAGUUUUUCUUCCUCCCAUCGGUGGUCUCACCGUGUACUGCUUCGGUGACCCCGCGAAGAUGUCGGAUGAAUCGGUCAGACUAGCAUUGCGUGUUCAUGACGAGUGCAACGGCAGUGAUGUCUUUGGUUCCGACAUCUGUACCUGUCGCCCGUACCUCAUUUUCGGCAUCGAGGAGGCCGUUAAAGAAGCCCAAAACGGCGGCAGCGGUGUUGUCAUUUACUUCCGAAAGGAGGGGAGGGCGCUCGGGGAGGUCACCAAGUACCUUGUCUACAAUGCCCGCAAAAGAGGCGAGGACCGCGCGUCCGACUACUUUCGAAGGACAGAAAAUAUUGCCGGUGUAAAGGACAUGCGAUUCCAGGCCCUCAUGCCAGACAUUCUUCACUGGCUGGGGAUUAAAAAGAUCGACAGGAUGCUGAGCAUGAGCAACAUGAAGCACGACGCUAUCGUUGGUCAAGGAAUCCCCAUCCACGAGCGGGUUGAACUUCCAGAGGAGCUGAUCCCAGAAGACUCGAGAGUCGAGAUCGACGCUAAGAUCACCGCAGGAUAUUUCACCGCUGGAAAGAGAAUGACAGAGGAGGAACUGAAGGCCGUGCAGGGCAGACUCUGGGAGGAGACGUGGCAGAGCUAACAGGAACCUUGGUGUAGUAUCGACCACUAGACACACCAUCCAUGCACGCGAAGGUCUAGACGGUGGUCGGAAACGGGUAACUUGUUGCAAUUGGCAAGGAUUUUCUCCUGGGCCAACGCCAUCGACAUUUCCAAGGCGUCUACUGUGCGGGGUGAGUAGCGAGAUAGCACCGUGGGGUA